AUGGCUUUUAGACUAAAAAUAAAUGCACCUACCGAAGAGCAAUUGGACGAAUGGAUUGAAUUAGGGGAGAUUAAGAAAUUGGAACAAGUUGUACUCGACGGUCGCUCACACAUGCUUCGUGACAAGACCACAUUGAAUGCUGCAAGCAAAGAAUUUUUAAAAGGAUUGCCUCAGUACCAGUCUAAAAUUGAUGCAAUUCAUAAAGCUGUUGAAGAUGGUGAUGUUCGACGUGUGAAGUCUCUCAUUGAUCGUCCACCAUUGGCAAGUGCCCGUGAUUCCUAUGGAAUGACGCCAUUACAUAAAGCUUUGCUACAUGGACAAACAAACACUGUUCGCUAUUUGUUAUCAAAAUAUCCGAGCUGUGUCAAUUCUAUAGAUCACGCUGGGCGAACACCUUUGCAUUAUGCAGCCGCUGAUCCAAAUGGAGAACAUAUGAUUAAAGUUCUUCAGAAAAGUGGAGGUGACGCUUUCAUUGAAGAUAAACACGGGCACACACCAUUCUAUUAUCGAACACACGGCCAACGAUUGAAUGUUCGAAGCAUGAAAGAUAAUGCUGUAAUGAACCAAUUGAUAUCUGGCCAAUUGAGUCGUCCAUUAUUACAAGAUUUGGAGGAAGAUAUCUAUGAUUGGAUUCAUACAGGCAAUAUUGGAAAAUUGGAAGAACUUGUGCUCACCGGAUAUGCCGAUCUGUUAUUAGGACGCAAUCAUGAAGUGGAAGAUGCUGACAGCAUUGGAUUUCUUGAAGUUCUUCCUCAAUAUCAAGCCAAGAUCCAAGCUAUUCAUAAAGCUGUUGAAAGUGGAAACUUACGUGCUGUUAAGCUCUUGACCGAUAGAAAGAAGCUGGCUUUGUGUCGCGAUUCGAGGGGAUUGAGUCCAUUACAUAAGGCAAUUGUUUUUGAUCGUUCUGAUAUAGCCAAAUAUCUUGUAAGGAAUUAUCCUCAAUCUGUAAAUGCAAUGGAUCAAAAAAAACGAACGCCAUUACAUUACGCGGCUGCUCUGAGAGACGGUGGAUACCUCUAUAAGGUUAUGCGCAAGUCAGGAGCUGAUCCAAACAUAUAUGAUUGCAAUGGUCGUCCAGCCAAAUAUUAUUUGAAACAUCCCGGCGAAAUCGACCUAACAGCAUUACGCUUAGAUGUGAAGGCUGCAUUGAAACAGGUUUUACAUAACCGUGUGGCUCCUAGUUACUUAGAAUCUUCAAUUCAACAAUGGCUCAGAGAUGGACAAGUACCAAAAUUAGAACAAUUAGUGCUUUCAGGUUGUGGGGAUUUGCUGCAAGGACGAUCCUCAUCCAAUCCCGAUACAACUGCUUUCCUCGAUGAUUUACCUGCCUACAUGGAAAAAAUCGAUGGCAUUCAUCGCGCAAUCAGAGAAGGCGACUUAGACAAAGUUAAAUUACUAAUGACAACUAAGAAGUUAGCGAUCGCUAGAGAUCGAUUUGGUUGUACUCCUUUACAUGCAGCUAUAGUGCAUGAACAAACUGAGAUUGUUAGGUAUGUAGCUGGUCACUUCCCUUCUGUUCUGAACGCGCCUGAUUAUAACAAACGAACAGCUAUGCACUAUGCUGCUGCUGCUCGCGACGGUGGUCAUUAUCUUAAAAUCUUGGGCAAAGCUGGUGCUGAUCCUAUGGCGGUCGAUAACGAAGGAAGAACUCCCGACUACUACCGACGAAACGCUGUAAUUGAUUUGAAACUCAUUAAAGAUAGAGACGAUGAUUAUGAAAAUGUUGGCGAAGAGAUCAUGGAGGAUGGUCCUAUGAUUGAAAGUCCUGCUAGUCCAGAUUCUCAAAGCGACAUUUCCAACCUUGAUUCUGCUCGGCAAUUCGAUGAAGAUGACGACAAUGACCGUAAUCGUUUUGAACGAUAUGUCCAUGCUCGAGUUGACCUGCCAACAAGCGAAAAUGGAAUUUAUCUCGCACGUACUGUUGCCCCAGUUCUGACAAAGGCUUUAGCUGAGGUUCUUCUACGACGACCAGCUGAUCCAAUAGGAUUCAUAAGUGAAUGGCUCUUGAAAUAUCACGGAGAUCUACCUCGAGCUAAUGGACAUUCAUAA